CGGGCUGCCUUAAUCAAUUUGUUAGAGCGGUUGUCAAGUGUUUGUUUGUAAUCGAUUUGAACAUGAUUAUAGAAUGUUUAAAAGAUAUGUUAUAGGGGGCUGACCCAGUACGUCCGAUGUAUUUGAUGAUUGAUUAUUUUUUUAGUUUAAAAUCUUAAAAAAUGUGCAAAAAAAGUGUUUGUUUGUUUAAUUCAAUUUCUUUGCCUCCCUAUAACCUAAAGUUCUCUGGACGGCUUAGUUAGACUCGAAACGACCAAAGCUUGGUGAGUCUGCAUAGUCGGGACCAUUUGAGGCCUGGCCGCGGCAGGUGAAGGGCCUUUCUCUUGUUUGCAGAAGGAGCGGCGCUCUUAUUGGCUCGACGUCAAGUAAGAGCUUUCGAGCCGGAAGAUGGCGGCGCUCGGGUCGCCUCUUCGCACCUUCCGUGGCCUAUUACGCGAGCUCCGUUUUGCGCAAGGAGAGGCAGGCCUUUCCUAUCGGGACACGGUGGCUUAUCCAUUUUUGAAGGAGGCCUUCCGCGCACACCGGGUAACCAGUGAAAAAUUAUGUAGGGCUCAGCAUGAGCUACACUUUCAGGCUGCCACAUAUCUUUGUCUUCUGCGUAGUGUCCGGAAGCACUUAGCACUACAUAAAGAAUAUCAUGGAAAAGGACAGCGAUCAACAGAGGAAGUGGCUGAACUUGUAGGGCUUAAACUGCCACAACAGCCUGGAGGGAAAGGAUGGGAGCCAUAAAUACGAAAGAUUACUUUACAAAAACUAUAUAAAUUGUGAUUUUUCAAGACACUGUACUUGUUUAAAUAAAAGGAUUGUAUGAAA